GAGUGCAGCCUUCACAACUGCAGUGCAUAACAAGCAGAGGAGUACAGUUGAGAACUUAUAGAAGCUUUUGUUACCUUUGGCUUUUUUCUCUCUCCAAGAAGACUAUAUUUUUGUUGUUGGUUUUUUUUCCUAACGAAAAAACAUUUUAUAAUUUUAUUUUUCCUUUGGGAAUCGAGGAAUAAUAUUUUAAGCAAGGAUCUUUUAUUUUUUUUUAUUUUUGAUCUAUAGUUUAAAGAGUGCAGGAAAAUGUUUCAUUAUUUGGAUAACGUUAGGAACGUAAUGGAGGGUGACGCCAGAAAAGACAAAAUGAUUCAUGAUGACCGAACCGACAGCGGAUUGGAUUCUCUAAAAGAAGAGGAAUAUAAUAAUAUUAUUCGGGAAAUGGAAGACUUCAGGAUUCAACCUAUUGAAACUGUAAAGCUCGAAUAUAAUCCUGAGCCAUGGAAGACCCAGGUCAACGAGGACGGAGAUACGUUCCUCCACCUGGCAAUAAUUCAUGAAGAGAAGUCAUUGACACAGGAGGCCAUUCGUAAAUCAGUGAAUGACUCUUUCUAUCUGAAUCUUCAAAAUCAUCUUUAUCAGACUCCACUUCAUUUGGCUGUGAUAACAGAACAACCUGAGAUAGCCCAGGUACUUCUUCAAAGUGGUUGUGAUCCAGAGAUCAGAGACUUGCGUGGAAAUACUGCCCUUCACAUUGCAUGCAAACAGGGCUCUCUCCGUGGAGUGGGGGUGAUUACUCAAUAUGCCAAGUCUCAUCACCUGAAGUCACUGCUUCAAAGUGUCAACUAUGAUGGUCACACAUGCCUUCAUCUGGCAUCAAUUUAUGGCUUCCUUGCUGUUGUGGAAAUCCUUAUCAAGCUUGGUGCUGACAUAAAUGCACAGGAACCUUGUAAUGGUCGUACAGCUCUUCACAUGGCGGUGGACCUUCAGAAUGCAGACCUUUUGUCCCUUUUGCUCAAACUUGGAGCAGAUGUAAACAAAGUGACAUAUCAAGGAUACUCCCCAUGCCAACUCACAUGGGGAAGGAAAAACCUGUCAAUUCAACAGCAGCUAGUGGCUUUGACUAAGGAAAAUUUACAACACCUUCCAGAAAGUGAGGAGGAAGACAGUUCAGACUCUGAUUCUGAAUAUACAGAUGAUAUGAUGACAUAUGAUGACUGUACAAUUGGAGGGCAAAGACUGCAUUAGACCUUUUGUCCAGAUGUCAUUAAUAGACAACCUAAAUGGACUGAAUCUCAGCUACUAAGUGCUACACUGGGACCAUUGUCUCUUCAACCUUGUGAAGAAAGGAAAGAAGAAACUGAUAAGAGUCCUAGAGAAUGAAGGGCAUGCGCUAGUCCUGGAUGACACAGAACAAAAGUUCUCAGAGGAAAGGCAUUGCAUGAUCUGGGACAAUUUUAGAAAGGUUUCUCAGAGAAGAGGCGUCGCAUAAAAUCUGAUUCUGGGACAAUUUAGAAAGAAUAAACUACUCUCCAUUGCAUUUUGUUACGAGAGGUCUUUUUUGUUGUUGUUGAAAGUAAUGGUAGAAUAACUGAGAAACAUCUGGCGGCCUUUUUCCAGACUCAGGGAAAAGGCGACUUCAGUUAAUAUCUAACGACAAAAAAAAAUGUGUUAAGCAGGUAUAUUCAGGUAAACUGCUAUAUGAAUGGAGAAUAGCAUUGAAACGGAUUCAACUAAUUUUAUUUUUUUGUAUGAAUGAAAGUUAAAUAUCACUGUUGAUGAAAAUAGUAUCAGAAAGCACCAUCUACUGUUGUUAAACACAAUGUAUCUGGUGUAUACUGUAUAUUUUGUACAUAAUGUACAGACUUUAUUUUUGUAUUAAAAAAUUAUUUAUUAAAAAUUUCUUUUUUAAA